ACUACUUGUCGAGUCGAAACCAUUAUCCAAACAUUUGAUUUCAGUUCAUUUUUAGCUGUUUGUUUGAAAAGCGGUGCGAAAACAAUCUUUCUUUUUUUUGUCUAAAUACAGAAACGGACAGAAAUAAACAAAGAAAGUAACAACGACCUAACGCAAAUUACCUCUUAAAAUCUCGACUAAUUCAUCGGUUUGUCACAACUGAACAAAGAAUUAAAAAGACAUUAAACUAAAAGUGUGUUGAAUUUUCCAAAUGUAAAAGAAAAUAUUUCUAUUUUGGAAAAGAGCAAUUUUUAGUGACAUCGUUUAAAAUUCUAUGACAAAAAUAUAUAUAUAUAUAAAAAAAGUGCUCAAACGAUUCAACUAUUCUCUCAAUAAUUCGUUCGGUCAUAAUUAUACGAAUUUCUUGAGCAAUAUGGUUAUAUUUUUGUUGUCAUAAUAUUAAAAGCAAAACAAAAGAGCUGAAACUGGAUUUUUUUUUCAUCUUAAAUUGAACUUUCAAUGACCGCAUAAAAUCGAUUAUUACUUCAUGCUUUGAUUCGAAAUAAAUUGUGUGUAUGUACCCGCAGCAACAGCAAGUUCGUUUCAAGAUUUCAAGUAUUUUUCAAUCAAGAUCAAUAAGAUUCGCAUAUCUUAUUAUUUUCGAUAGUGUUUUUUUCGUUUUUGGUUAUAUUAUUACGUAUUUUAUGUCGAAUUCGAAUAAGCAACGAGAACUUGUGUGAACUUGCGAACAAAGUGGAAUAUUAUUUACUGUCACUUCGAAAUACUAUCCUUCGGCACCACAUACAUGGGAUUGGGGUUUGGAGAUAUUUUAUUUUGUCUCAUAUGUCCAUGAGCAAAAUAACAAAAUACAGCCGAAUAUUUUACUUGUCGUCGUUCAUCGUUGCAGUUGACAAAAAAAGUUACAUCUCUGGUGUGAUAAUGUAAAGUAAUUAAAAUAAUAAAGAAGAAGAAGUACGAUAGCAAACAGUUUUGAACAGUUUCCAGUCUCCAGAGUUAGGCAAAUAUAACGAAUAACUUGGAAACACUGCAUUUGAAAGUACACAUCGAAGUGAAAAAAAAUCAACAAUUUUAGAUGAAAAUCAAUUAAAAAACCAACAAAGUUUUUUGCGUAAUUAACCGACAUCAUUUUUUUUGUAAAUGUGAAUAAGUGAAGAUUAUUAUUUUGGCUUUGUCUUCUUUGAACAAACGCAAAAUAUAAUAGUAUUGACGCUUUAAAUAUAAAAAAGAUACGCCAAGUCUGAAGAGACUCAACUUGUCAUCGACUAACGGCAAAUAGACACAAUCGAUUAGUUACAUCGAAUUAUCGGUGUUCGAACCAAAUUAAUUAAAAGUAAAUAAGUGAAUAUUGACGACGACACCAACAAUUACGUAGAAGAUAGUGACCAUCCGUUUUUAAUGAAACCGGGAGAAGAAGAUUUCCAACAACAGUAGCAGCUCUCUAUUGAGACUUAAUAACCAAAGAUAGAAAGAAGAAAGUAAAAAACUUAACUUACAUCGAAUGAUUCAAUAGUGUUUUCGAUUAUAUUUUUUUCCCCCAAAAUUUCCAAAAUAAAUCAUCAAAUUUAAAUAGAGAAAAAAAUUUCUGAUUCACGGAUAUUGUGCGCAUCACAGCAGUGGUGAAUCACAAAAUUUCUACACAUUUUUCUCUCGUCUACACGAUUUGAUUUGGAGCGCCUUACACGUGCAAAUCGACGGAACGGAGAAAACGUGCGAUACGAACAUUUGAAACUACAACCGAAACAAAUAAGCUUAAUGCAAGACUCGCCGUCAUUUAAAAAACAAAAUAACAACUGACAAAUCAUUGUCAAGCUGCAAAUAAAAUUAAGCGAAUACGAAAAAUCGCGACUAUUUUUGGUUAAUCUAAUUUAAGUAGUAAAAAACAAAGAAACAAACAAAAUGACUCAAACACAGGUAUUAUUACUAUUUCUUACGACACUGAUGUUACAAACAAAAUGGGUAAUAUCACAACCAACCGAUUUGGGAGCGUUUGGUACACAAAAUGAUGUGCAACCCGGUGUAAUAUACUCAUUUCCAUCGGAAGUUGGACGUAGCCAUCCAUCCGCCGACUAUUAUGCUUUGGCUUUUAUCAAUUAUACAUACGAGAGAAUUGAUGGUCAUCACGUUGUUUUUGCUCAAGAAACGGCAAAAUAUGGUGAAGGUCAAAUCACUUCGGUGAUGGGAAAAUUGGUUCAUGUAACCAAUAAAUAUAAUAAAUCCGACCAUUCGGCAUGCUCAGAGAUAUCCGGUACAAACAAUAAGGAUCUACCCCCAAAGGGCACCUGGAUUGCAUUGAUCAAGCGAGGCGAUUGUAAAUUUGAUGACAAAGUUGCACGCGUUCAUUCACAAGGUGCAAUUGGUGCCAUAGUUUAUGAUUUCAAAGAAGUGCCAAGCUUGGAUAAAAUGAAAAUUGAUGAUAAAACACGAAAUAUCACAUCGGUGUUUACGUAUAAAUUGGUUGGCGAACAAAUGGCUCGUAUUGUCGAUAUAGAAGAGGUCGAUUUGAUAGUUUCAAUCGCUCCUGGAAAAUAUGGCAAACCACCCAAUAUCAAUCGUACGUCUGUCUUGUUCGUUUCGAUUUCGUUCAUUGUUUUAAUGAUAAUUUCAUUUGUGUGGCUUGUUUUCUAUUACGUUCAACGGUUUCGCUACUUACAAACCAAAGAUCGUAAAUCGCGGCAAUUGUGUACGGUAGCCAAGAGAGUUAUCGCCAAAAUUCCGACAAAAAGUAUUAAAGUCGAAGAAGUGACUGACAAUGACAAUGACAAUGAUUGCUGUGCCAUAUGUAUUGAACCAUACAAAACGACUGAUGUAAUUCGAGUCCUUCCAUGCAAACACGAAUUUCACAAAGGCUGCAUCGAUCCAUGGCUUUUGGAGCAUCGAACUUGCCCCAUGUGUAAAAUGGAUAUAUUGAAAUUCUAUGGAUUUGUGUUUACGGGCAGUCAAGAGAGCAUUUUACAAUUGGAUAUGGAUGUUGAAGAUGUCGGCGAUAGCAAUGAAAUAAAUCGGGCACAUAGCGUUAGUCCAACGUUCAUCAUUCAAUUAGACACCGAUAAUACAUUAAGAAGACAUUCAGUUGAGUCAAAUGCAUCAACGGCCAUACGUGAUUUCAAUGCCUAUCAACAAUAUAUGCAAUCACAAUCAGAAGCAAAUAGUUCGAGCGCAGCUGAAAGAAAUGCGGAAGUAUCAAAACAUCAUAAUCCAUGCGUUGAAGCGCUGAACAAUUCUAGAGACCAUUUGGCACCAUGUGAACUCCGACAAAGGGCUGUCAGCCUGCCAUGUACACUACGAAAGAUUUCCGACAAUUCGUGUAGCGGUACCAAUUUUUAUUUGCGCGCUUUGGAAAUACAACAAAUCGCUGCCAAUAAACGAAAUGGUGAAAGCAAUAAUACAGCUGGCGCAUUUGUAAAUAAAUGUCUGUCAGCGUCGACAAAACACGAUAAAGAUGAUAUCGAAUCAUUACUCUUGAACGAACAUACGAAUCAAGUUCAAGAAAAUAGUGCUUCCAAUAAACCAGAUACAGCAAUCGAAAUCAUCGGUGACGAAAAUGACGAACAAUGUGAUAAGAAGGAAGACUCAGUUCAAUCAAAAUAUUGAGAGAAAAAUAAAAUAAUAAUAUUCAUCGAAAUAUAAUCAACUUAUCGUAAUUAUUAUAUAAAUGUCCAAGUCGUAAUAAUAAGAAUAAUAAAAUUUAUGCCAAUUUUACUUAAUUACCCGA